UCGUCAACAAACGUUAGCUUGCGGUUUCGUAUCAGCUGGAGCUGUCAGCUUUCGGCAGCGUUCCCGGCCUCUUCGGUGACCCAGUUGUCAACGUCCGCAAAAGGUGCCCAACAAAAAGGAGCCCCAAGGCAGUCAUGGCCACGGUGCAGUGCAUGUUGCUGCUCGCCUUUCACAUCUUGCUCAUCUCCGAGUUCAUAUUGGCCAAGAAGGACUACUACGACAUCCUAGGGGUGCCCAGAGAUGCCUCGGAGCGCCAGAUCAAGAAGGCCUUCCAUAAGCUGGCUCUCAAGUACCACCCGGACCGAAACAAGGGCUCGGAUGCCGAGGCCAGGUUCAGAGAUAUAGCUGAGGCAUACGAGACGUUAUCGGACGACAAGAGACGUCGGGAGUACGACCAGUUCGGCCAUGGCGCGGGGCCGCACGGUGGCAGCGGAGGAGCAAGUGGCAACUUCAACUUCCGGCAGCACUACCGGUCGUUCAACGUUGACGACAUCUUCAAGGACUUUGACUUUUUCGGCGGGCACCAACACUUCCACUCCCAUCAUCAAGCCCACAAGAAGAGGUUCUUCCACCAGGCAGCUGGAAACCAAAAGCGAGGGCCCUUCGGAGGAAGAGAGGGAGAAGGCGGACUGUUUGAUGACAUGUUUGAGGACUUGGAGAAGAUGUUCUCCUUUAACGCGCACACUACCAGAAGUGACAGCAGAUUCCAGCACUCAGCCAAGCAGCACUGCAGGACAGUGACGCAGAGGAGGGGCAACAUGGUGACCACCUUCACCGACUGCUCCUGAGUGGGGAAACAGACACACAAGGCUCUGCCGGAUUUAGUUUGGAAAUUGAAUGCUAAUUUAUAGCGUGGCUUUUGGUGAGAUUUACAUUCAAGGAACAAAGUUGGUUUCCAGUCACUUCCAAUUAGGUCAGCUUCUUUACUUGCUCAGGAAUCGACAUAAGCUCGUGGAUUCUUUGCUUCAACAAGCUGCACUGGGGUGUUAUUCUUUGUGAACAAGCCGGGACUGAAUAAGACACACAUUUGAAUUAAAAAAAAAAAAAACAAGCACUAUUAUAUUUUGCUGGAGAUGUUUUUCGAUAUUUUCUUGUUAAAAACAAAAACCUCAAGUUGAUCAUGUGCAAUACUCAGCACUUUUUGCUCUUCAUGUUCCCUGUUUUGCAUAGACAGUGCUGUUUCAAUAAUCAUUGUCUAAAUGUCUGCACUUUGUGUGUGUGUGUGUGUGUGUGUGUGUGAAUUGAUUGGACAAUGUUUGAACACGGAAUAAAAAAGUUGCAAUAGGACAUGUUA